AUGGAUGAAAGGUUCAACAAGUGGCUGCUGACGCCGGUGCUCACUCUCCUCUUCGUGGUCAUCAUGUACCAGUACGUGUCCCCUUCCUGCACCAGCUCCUGCACCAACUUCGGGGAGCAGCCCCGCGUCGGGGAGGCGCGCCCGCCCGCCGCCCCGAGUCCCGCCCGACGGGCACAGGCGCCCCCAGAUGAGUGGGAGCGGCGACCCCAGCUGCCCCCACCGCCCCGGGGACCACCCGAGGGGCCUCAAGGGGUCGCGGCUCCGGAGGAUGAGGAUGAGGAUCCGGGGGACCCGGGGGAGGAAGAAGAGGAAGAGGAGGAGGAGCCGGAUCCCGAGGCGCCCGAAAACGGCUCCCUGCCCCGGUUCGUGCCGCGCUUCAACUUCACCCUGAAGGACCUGACCCGCUUCGUGGACUUCAACAUCAAAGGGCGCGACGUGAUAGUGUUCCUGCACAUCCAGAAGACGGGGGGCACCACGUUCGGCCGGCACCUGGUGAAGAACAUUCGCCUGGAGCAGCCCUGUAGCUGCAAAGCCGGCCAGAAAAAGUGCACCUGCCACCGGCCGGGCAAGAAGGAGACCUGGCUCUUCUCUCGCUUCUCCACCGGCUGGAGCUGCGGGCUGCAUGCCGACUGGACCGAGCUCACCAACUGCGUGCCGGCCAUCAUGGAGAAGAAGGAUUGUCCCCGCAACCACAGCCACACCAGGAAUUUCUACUACAUCACUAUGUUGCGGGACCCCGUGUCACGUUACCUGAGUGAAUGGAAACAUGUUCAGAGAGGGGCCACAUGGAAAACCUCUCUCCACAUGUGUGAUGGAAGGAGCCCCACCCCGGAUGAGCUGCCUACUUGCUACCCAGGGGAUGACUGGUCUGGGGUCAGCUUGCGGGAGUUCAUGGAUUGCAGCUACAACUUGGCCAACAACCGGCAGGUGCGCAUGCUGGCUGACCUCAGCCUGGUGGGCUGCUACAACUUGACUUUCAUGAAUGAGAGUGAGCGCAAUACCAUCCUGUUGCAGAGUGCUAAGAACAACCUGAAGAACAUGGCCUUCUUCGGGCUCACGGAAUUCCAGAGGAAGACACAGUUUCUCUUUGAGAGGACAUUCAACCUGAAGUUCAUCUCCCCUUUCACACAGUUCAACAUCACACGGGCUUCCAAUGUGGACAUCAAUGAGGGAGCCCGUCAGCACAUCGAGGAGUUGAACUUCCUGGACAUGCAGCUUUAUGAAUAUGCAAAAGAUCUCUUCCAGCAACGGUACCACCACACCAAACAGCUAGAGCACCAGAGGGACCGCCAGAAGAGGCGUGAGGAGCGGAGGCUGCAGCGGGAACACCGAGCACAUCGAUGGCCCAAAGAGGAUGGGGCCACAGAGGGGACUGUCACUGAGGACUACAACAGCCAGGUGGUGAGAUGGUGA